GCAGGACAGACGGAGGGGGUCUGGGGGAGGCUGAAUGGGGCCAGGGAUCUCAGGCGGAUGGCCUGGGGGCUGGACCGAUGGAUGGAACCGAUCUGGAGGGCGACCAGGAAGCAGGACCGAAGGGCAGAGCAGCUCCGGCGAACGGGCCGGGGAGCCCAUUGCCCGAGCCAUCACCAGUGGAUUGUGUAUGGAGCCGCUGGUCAGAAUGGAGCCCGUGCGAUCCUUGCACCAAAAUUCGGAGGCGCUCGAGAGGAAUAGAGACGUUCGGUCAGUUUGACGGUCAAGCAUGUAACGAGGCACUGGGACAAAGUGCACCAUGCACAACACCGACUUUGUGCGCAAAGCAGCCACCGCCAAACUGCUCUGAAUCCCAGUUCCAGUGUCUGUCAGGUACUUGCAUCAAGAACAGUCUGUCGUGCAAUGGCGACUUUGACUGCGAGGACGGUUCCGAUGAGGAGUGUGAUCCUCUGCGAAAGCCCUGCGGUGCACAGGCGCUGGAUAACAACGAGCAAAGCAGGACGGCAGGAUAUGGAAUAAACAUCUUGGGCGCAGAUCCUCGAAUGAACCCCUUUAACAACGACUUCUUCAAUGGGAGAUGUGACAAAGUGUCCAAUCCCAACACCAGGCAGCAGAACAGGCUGCCCUGGAACGUCGGCGUGCUCAACUACGAGACUCGCGCGGAGGAAACGGUUUCGAGAGAAAUCUUCGAGCACACGAGCGAGCUCCUGAAAGAGAUUCUGAGGGAAAGCACGUUUAAACUGGACGCGGGGAUUUCCUUGAAACUGCAACCCACCGAGGUGUCCAGCUGCAAAUGUAACGCGUCGGUGGAUGUUGGAGCCGAAGCUCAGUAUGAGAAGAAGAAACUGAUCAAGGAUGUCUCCAGUAUCGGCAACGUUGCGAACAAGAGCUACAUGCGAGUCAAGGGCAGCGUGCAGCUGAGCACGUACCGGUUACGUUCUCGCGAGCUCCGUCUAGCCGAUGAUUUUGUGGAACAUAUCAGGAGUCUGCCUUUACAGUACGAGAAAGGGGUUCAUUUUGCCUUCUUGGAGGACUAUGGGACCCAUUACACGAAGACUGGAAAGUCUGGUGGCGAGUAUGAGCUGAUCUAUGUUCUCAACCAGGAUUCCAUCAAAAAGAGUAUGAUGACAGAGAGACAGCUUCAAGAGUGCAUCAAAUUGGGCGUUUCAGCAAACAUUGCUAGCAAUUUCGGUACCAUUAAACCACAUGUGAAACCUAGCAAUUGUAACAAUUUAACUACCAAGGAUACAGACAAAUCUGAAGGAAAAGCGAUGGUGGAUAACGUGAUGACGUCAGUCAAAGGAGGCGACCUAGAGAGUGCUGUUGCUAUGAGGGCCAAACUGAAUAAGGAUGGAGUAAUGGACAUCAGUACCUUACAGCGGUGGGCCAGGACAAUUGCUGACGCACCUGCGCUUCUACAUAGUCAGCCAGAGCCCAUCUAUACAUUAAUUCCCCUGACUCUGCCCGACGCCAACACGAGGAUAACCAACAUGCAGCGGGCAAUAGAAGACUAUGUGGCAGAAUACAGUGUGUGCAAGUGUAAGCCUUGCCAAAAUGGAGGUACUGUUGCUCUCCUGGAUGGCAGGUGCCUCUGUCUGUGCCCCGUCUUGUAUGAAGGCUUAGCCUGCCAGAAUUACAAGGCUGACAAAGUUGCUAACGUUCCAGGUGCGAGCGAUGUUGUUGCUCAGGAGGGUAACUGGUCCUGCUGGUCUGGUUGGUCCGCCUGCAGUGGGGGGAAACGCACAAGGAGUCGUGGCUGCAACACGGCGGGCCUCACCGGAGCAAGUUGUAGAGGAGAAAACACCAGUGAAGAAUACUGCUGAGAAAGAAACAGCCAUUAAACCUAAACAUGCAAACACAUUAACGAUCUCUCUCUGUCCGUGUGGAGAUUAACAAUGACUUGUUUAAGUGAAAAUACAAUAAUGUGGCGGCCACUAGGGGGCUAUGCCUCUCACCCAGCAGGGCUGUGAGCUGAGGGCGUGGUCUACGUUCCCGGGCUCUCUGGUGCAAGGUUGUUCCUGUUUCAGUUUGGUUUUGGAGCUGAGGAAUAAAGUUCAAACUUGC